AUGGCGUACGUGAACGCCCGGCGCACCUUAGCAUCUACCGUGGCACGAGCUCUUUCUUCGUCACCCGCAAGCGCUUCUCCCUCUCGCUGUUGUUUCGCAUUCGCGUUGCUCCCUGCCAAACAAACCGUACCCGUUCCUCACUGGGCAACUUUCCCGGUUCGGAGCAAAUCGUCGGGUUCCGGUUACUCGCCCCUGAACGACCCGUCCCCGAACUGGAGCAACCGUCCUCCGAAGGAGACCAUUCUUUUGGAUGGCUGCGACUACGAGCACUGGCUCAUCGUCAUGGAGUUUCCCGAUAACCCUAAACCCUCCGAAGACCACAUGGUCAGCACCUAUGUCAAAACCCUAGCCCAAGUCCUCGGAAGCGAGGAAGAGGCCAAAAAGAAGAUAUACUCUGUUUCCACUUCUACAUACACAGGCUUCGGCGCCCUCAUUUCCGAAGAGCUUUCUUAUAAAGUCAAAGAGUUACCUGGAGUUCUUUGGGUGCUGCCAGAUUCAUAUCUUGAUGUCCCCAACAAGGAUUAUGGAGGUGAUUUAUUUGUUGAUGGGAAGGUGAUUCCUAGGCCACAGUAUAGAUAUUCAGAGAGACAACCCACUAGGAGUAGACAACGGCCACGGCAUGACAGACGAAGGGAAACAAUGCAGGUUGAAAGGAGAGACCAACAGAACUGGAGCCAAGGUCAUGGGGGACCUAUGCAGCCAUCAACUCCAAUGAAUAGUCAUAACCUGGCUUCCGAUAGAGAAAACUAA